AGUUUCUAACUAAAAUUGUUUACCUGAAAAACUGAAAAAACUCCAGUUUGUAGCUAAAAUUAUCACAGCUGAUAAACCCUUUUCGGAGCAAGAGAGACACAAUACGAGGAACAUAGUCUCCGAUAAUACUCAAUCUGUCCGAAAUCGAUUGUUGUUCGAAACACCGGCUCAUCAAUGUCUACCCUAGAAAUUGAAGCUCGCGAUGUGAUUAAGAUAGUUCUUCAGUUCUGCAAGGAAAAUUCUUUGCACCAAUCUUUCCAGACAUUACAAAAUGAGUGUCAGGUUUCUCUGAAUACAGUAGACAGCCUUGAAACAUUUGUUGCUGAUAUUAACAGUGGAAGGUGGGAUGCAAUUUUGCCACAAGUAUCACAACUUAAGCUUCCAAGAAAGAAACUAGAGGAUCUGUAUGAGCAGAUUGUUCUAGAAAUGAUUGAACUUCGAGAAAUGGAUACUGCACGGGCUAUUUUGAGGCAAACCCAGGCGAUGGCUGUCAUGAAACAGGAGCAACCUGAAAGAUAUUUGAGGCUUGAGCAUCUUCUUGUUCGAACUUAUUUUGAUCCCCAUGAGGCUUAUCAAGAAUCAACAAAGGAGAAGCGACGUGCACAAAUUGCUCAAGCUCUUGCAGCAGAAGUUUCUGUGGUUCCUCCAUCACGGCUAAUGGCCUUAAUUGGUCAGGCUCUAAAGUGGCAGCAGCACCAAGGCUUGCUUCCACCUGGAACACAGUUCGACUUGUUUCGAGGUACAGCUGCCAUGAAACAAGAUGUAGAAGAUAUGUACCCUACCAGUCUCGGGCAUACUAUCAAAUUUGGGAAAAAGAGUCACCCAGAAUGUGCUCGGUUCUCACCAGAUGGCCAGUUCCUUGUUUCUUGCUCUGUUGAUGGAUUUAUUGAGGUCUGGGAUCACAUAAGUGGAAAACUCAAGAAGGAUCUCCAGUAUCAGGCUGAAGAAACAUUCAUGAUGCAUGAGGAUGCUGUACUUUGUGUUGAUUUUAGUAGGGAUUCGGAAUUGCUUGCAUCUGGAUCUCAAGAUGGAAAGAUUAAAGUUUGGCGCAUUAGAACUGGUCAAUGCUUGCGUCGCCUUGAGCGUGCACAUUCCCAAGGUGUUACAAGCGUCGUCUUUUCACGAGAUGGAACUCAGCUGCUAAGCACAUCAUUUGAUGGAACUGCAAGAAUACAUGGGCUAAAGUCAGGGAAGCUGUUAAAAGAAUUUCGUGGCCAUGCAUCAUAUGUAAAUGAUGCCAUAUUUACACAUGAUGGACUUCGUGUUGUAACUGCAUCCAGUGACUGCACAGUCAAGGUCUGGGAUUUGAAGACUACAGACUGCCUGCAUACAUUCAAGCCACCGCCUCCUCUAAGGGGGGGUGAUGCAUCUGUGAAUUCUGUUCAUCUUUUCUCGAAAAGCUCAGAUCACAUUAUUGUCUGUAAUAAGACAUCAUCAAUAUACCUAAUGACACUCCAGGGGCAGGUUGUGAAGAGCUUUUCAUCGGGUAAGAGAGAAGGGGGUGAUUUUGUGGCAGCUUGUUUAUCACCUAAAGGGGAUUGGAUAUAUUGUAUUGGUGAAGACAGAAAUAUGUAUUGCUUCAGCCACCAAUCAGGCAAACUAGAACAUUUGAUGAAGGUGCAUGAGAAGGAUGUAAUUGGUAUAACACAUCACCCGCACCGAAAUCUGGUUGCCACCUACGGAGAAGAUUGCACGAUGAAGCUGUGGAAGCCUUAAAUACAUAGAUCAUUCAUCAUUGUUUGUUUUGUCCGAACCUAACCUCCUAGGUUGAUAUAAUUUCGCUCAUGCUAAAUACUUGUGAAGAAUUUUUUAAACUGUCGCAAACAUUUUCCAAAUUUAAUUUGUAAGUUUAAUUUAUCUGCACGAAGAAAUAGAAUGUAUUGAAAGUUUAUUAAAUGAUGCAAGAGUGAAAAUAUUCAUCUAGUGGAACAA